CUGCCUCGACGAGACAACUGAAGUCGCAUACGGUCCCAGCCGUCCCAUGUAGCAACCAUCGGAUCAAUUGACCCGCCCAACCCCCAAUCUGCCAUGGCCGCGCGCCCAACCACCACGAAGCUCGCCGGGAGCGCAUGCCGCCGCGCAUAUCCCCUCUCCCUGCGCCGGCCAUUCUCCGCCGCCGCAGCGCGUGCCAGUUCCAACCAGACAUCUCUCAACCCUCAGGAAACAUCACUCUCGCUCCCCCCGUCACGAUGGACCAGCGAGCUCCCUGCGCGCAUCGGCAAGUGCCUCUCGUUCGGCUGCAACGCGCAGCAAGUCUCACAAGCGGCCGCCGUCCUGCGCGUCAUAGCGACCGAGUGGAAGGACUUGCUGGCUAGCAGCGAGGGGUUCCUGACCGGCGGACGGCGCGGGCUGGACGCGAGAGAGAUUGCUUGGGGAGAGAUGGACACCUUCGCGCACGUUAAUAACGUCAACUACUACCGCUACGCCGAGUCGGCGCGGGUGAACUGGAUCACCAACUUCGCCGUGCACGUCGACCCGGCGCAUCGCAAGCAGUGGCGGGAGCUGAUGUCGCCCAUCUCAACGGGGCUGAUCAUGCGGAGCCUGAAGGCGGAUUUCAAGUUUCCGAUGGUGUACCCCGACCGCAUCUCCGUCUACCACAAGCUGCGGACCAGGCCCGAGGGGGAGCCGGCGGCCCCGAGCUCCUUCUACCUCGACUGCGUGGUCCUGUCGCACCGCCACAGGCGCGUCGCUUGCCGGCUGGAGGAGGACAUCGUCAUCUACGACUACAAGAAGGCCGGCAAGACAGGCAUGCCAGGGUUUAUGCUGGAUAUGUUUCAGGAGACGUGGAAGCUUCAGGAGCAAGCCAUACUGCAGGCGAGGUCGCGGAUAUGGGAGCUGCACGCGGCCGUUGACCGGCUGGAGGGCGAGACUUGGAAUAGACCGGACGCUGUCGAGGAUAUGGGGGGUGCAAAGGGGAGUAAAUGAUGGCUCUGAUGGACUGAGGGGGUUUGGUUGUGCGUAUAGACGGCGUACA